AUGAGUCUCUCAGCCAAGGACAAAGCCAACGUGAAGGCCAUCUGGGGCAAGAUCCUCCCUAAAUCCGAUGAGAUUGGAGAACAGGCUCUUUCCAGGUAAUUACAUAACGAUGUAUGAUAAAUUAUACAAGGACAUGUUUAUUCAAAUUAUUAACACAUAACUCCUCAGUCAAUUCUAUGGAAGCUAUGAAUGCGUAGCCUAUCUCAGCAAAAAUAUGGACGGGAUCCCCGACCGUGUGAAUUAUUAUUUAAGAUGAAUUUUGGCUCACCUGAUUUCUAAUGUCCACGACAGGAUGCUCGUCGUCUACCCCCAGACCAAGGCUUACUUCUCCCACUGGGCUUCCGUGGCCCCCGGUUCCGCUCCAGUGAAGAAGCACGGCAUCACCAUCAUGAAUCAGAUCGAUGAAUGUGUUAACAACAUGGACAAUCUCUUUGGUUUCUUGUCCAAGCUCAGUGAACUGCACGCCACCAAGCUGAGGGUGGACCCCACCAACUUCAAGGUAAGAGAAUAAGACUGGAAAGAACACACACAAAAAAUCUGAGUUUUUACCUGUGUGAAGGUGAAAUAAUCUAUUCCCUUUUCAUUUGCAGAUCCUGGCUCACAACCUGAUUGUGGUCGUUGCCGCCUACUUCCCCGCCGAAUUCACCCCCGAGAUCCAUUUGUCCGCGGACAAGUUCCUGCAGCAACUGGCUCUGGCCCUGGCCGAGAAGUACCGCUAA